UGUCCUGGCCGCGCCACCGUCGGACGCCAGGUGUCAGAGGUCACGGUAACGUUGGCCGUGGCGUUUUUGUUUUUUAGUGUUUUCUUCUUCACCCGGAAACCACGGCUGUGGGCGGCAGCGCGGAGCCCGUGUCGCCGCGGCGGUGGGAGCCGGGCCGGCCUCUGGUCCUCGUGUCGGCUCUGCGGAGCCGGACGCUGCCCCCGGCGCGGCGGGGACGAUGGUGUCGAGGUGGAGCUGAUCAGAAUAAUGUUCAGCAUCAACCCCCUGGAGAACCUGAAGCUGUACAUCAGCAGUCGGCCACCUCUGGUGGUCUUUAUGAUCAGCGUCAGCGCCAUGGCCAUAGCCUUCCUGACCCUGGGCUAUUUCUUCAAGAUCAAGGAGAUUAAGUCACCGGAAAUGGCAGAGGACUGGAAUACUUUUCUGCUGCGGUUUAAUGACUUGGACUUCUGCGUAUCAGAAAAUGAAACAUUAAAGCAUCUCUCAAACGACAGCACGGCCUCAGAGAGCACAGUGACCAGUGGGCAGGCCAGAGUGUCCACCCAGUCCCCCCAGGCCAUGGAGGACUCUGGCCCAGUUAACAUCUCAGUUGUAAUCACCCUCACCCUGGACCCCCUCAAACCCUUUGGCGGCUUCUCCCGCAACGUCACCCAUCUGUAUUCGACCAUUUUGGGACAUCAGAUUGGACUUUCAGGCAGGGAAGCCCACGAGGAAAUAAACAUCACCUUUACCUUCCCCACGGCUUGGAGCUCGGAUGACUGUGCUCUUCAUGGCCAUUGUGAGCAGGUGGUGUUCACAACCUGCAUGACCCUCACGGCCACCCCUGAUGUCUUCCCUGUCACUGUACAGCCUCCACACUGUGUUCCUGACACGUACAGCAACGCCACGCUCUGGUACAAGAUCUUCACGACUGCCCGUGAUGCCAACACGAAAUACGCGCAAGACUACAAUCCUUUCUGGUGUUACAAGGGGGCCAUUGGAAAAGUCUAUCAUGCUUUAAACCCCAAGCUUACAGUUAUUGUUCCAGACGAUGACCGUUCAUUAAUAAAUUUGCACCUCAUGCACACCAGUUACUUCCUCUUUGUGAUGGUGAUAACAAUGUUUUGCUAUGCUGUGAUCAAAGGCAGACCCAGCAAACUGCGUCAGAGCAAUCCUGAAUUUUGCCCUGAGAAGGUGGCUUUGGCUGAUGCCUAAUCUCACACCUCCUUGUCUUUGGAGAGAGACUGAAAGAACCAUCAUCAUUGCCUGCGGACCCCAGCCAGGGCCUGGCCACUCCAAACACAUGAUCUUGCAGUGUUGGGUUACUCCAGCCAAAGACAUUUCAAGUGCCUGUAACUGAUUUGUACAUAUUUAUAAAAAUCUAUUCAGAAAUUGGUCCAAUGAUGCACGUGCUUUGCACUGGGUGCAGCCAGAACCCUUCGACCUCACCCCUGGACCUGGGAGACUUCUGUGUAACACUAGAGGGGACUUGAGGAUCUUGCAUCACGGAGCAGGUCGUGUCUUCACCAGGGUUGCGGUGUGCUUCCUCGCUGGUGGGGUUGAGGUUUGCUUCCGUUCUUGUUUCAGCCUGAUAUGUACAAGAUGUUUGAAACAGUCUGCACCUUUGAUAUGAUACUGCAUUUCCAAAGCCACCAAUCCAUUUUGUGGAUUUUAUUGUGUCUGUGGCUUAAUAAUCACAGUAACAACAACAAUACCCUAUUCUUCAUUUUGCUUGCAAGGAAACAUCCCUAAGUGUUUUUUUUUUUUUUUUUUUUUUGAAGAAAAAUUAAAAUAGUCACAUUUUAAUACUGUCUAGUUAGGACAGACUUGUGCUUUCCUCCAGAGUAAAAAGUUAAAUAUUUAAAAGUCAACUAGAUGGUAAAGAUCUUAAGUUUCAUUUUCCAUGAUGGUGAGGAACCCAGUCUUGUUUGAGUUGGCACAGAAUGUUCUCCCCGCACCCCGCCCCCUAUUAUAAAAGUUAAAGCAGCUCCCUCACUCCCAAGGGCCUAGACAUCAGGCCAUGGGUCUGGGGUGGAAUCGCAGUUAGCUGUCCUAUUCCUGGCAUGCACAUGGCAGUGUGGAAAGAAAGGAUGACAACGUGGUUUAGUAGUCAUGAAAGGGUUUCUUUCUUUUUUUGAAAAGGAGAUAAACUUUCUUUUUUUAAAAAAAACAAAACAUUUUCCCUGGAUUUUUAUGCAGUGAACAUCUUCAAAGGAAGAUGGCAUCUACUAGAUCUAUCACAUGAUGAACACAGUGCCUGUAAAAUUUGAAGGAAUGAAAUUCUGAUUGGCUGUUUCGUGUGUGUGUGUGUGUGUGUGUGUGUGUGUGUGGUGCUGGGGAUUGAACUGAGGGCCUUGAACAUACUAGGUAAGUGUUCUACCACUAAGCUAUCUCCCCAGCCCCCGAUUUACUGUUUAUCAAGGACAACCAAAAGAAUUUUUCUUAGAACAUUUUGAUCAUCUAGCUCCUUGGUCCUUUUGCCCUCUUCAUUCUCUUUCAUUUUUAGAAGCUCGAACAUUAUCUAUUCCAGUCCUUUCUUGUUACUUGUUUUUGUUGACAACUCUUUGCCUUAAUAAGUCAUGUCGUCAGUGGUGUCUGUGUUCUCCCACACAGCUUUAGAGCAGGAGGGCAAUUAAGACCUUGGACGUGACUGUCAGCACUGUAGCUCUGUUUCUGUCUGCUUAAAUUAGAAGGAGUUCCUGUAGUCUGAAAUUUGUUGACCUGGAACAUUCUAUCCCAGGCAUUCUUGAAAGGAAAAGUUGUGGGCUUUAUUGAAGAUUGUUAAAAUAAUCGCCAUAGUAACUUGAUAUGUUAGUACUCCAUUUUUUCCUCAGUACAUUUCAAGUGCAGUGAUCAUACUUGUCUAACCAGUUUUUUGUUUCUGAUUCUUUUUGGUAUGAUAUGAUUGCUUACAUGAGGCAUGGCUAACAUUUUAUUUUAGUUUUCUCUUUAGAGACUUUGAAACCCUUAUGAGACAUGAUUUAGAAAGAGCCAUUUGGCUUGGCCUUUAGAAGUGUCAAUAUCCUUAGGACUAUCAGACUUUAGAUCAAGCUGCUACUGACUUAGUAAAGUCCCAGUAAAGUGGAGUUAUAGGGAUAGGCUCAUAAUUAGCAGAGUAAUACAACAGGCUAAAAGACAAGUUAAAAAAUCAGUUUCAUUGGUUUGUUCAGUCCAGCUCAUUGCAAAUCUUAAUUGCCCUUGUUUUAAUGACAGGGAAUGGCUGGAAUCUGUAGCCAAGGGAGAAACACUGUUAGGCAUGAGGAUGUGCCAAAAGUGCCAGAUCAGUAUGACUUGUCCUGCGGCCAGGACACACAAGUUAAAACCCAGCACUCACUGUAGCAGGUCAUUCUCAGAGAUCUUGCAGGAACGCAGAGCUGAGCAGGUGUGUGAAGGAGGGCGGGGAGUGGGGAGGCCACGGCUCUAGAAGAGGCUGCCACAGAAGCCCAGGAGAGGCAGGGCGCCUUGUUACUGCUGGGCCGCGUGUGCGGGCCCAGUCCGUGGCUGUGCCUCCCCAUGGACCUCAGAACGGGGGAGUGUUCUGGAGGGGGCCAGGCUGCCCUUCAGGGGUGGCCCCACCGCGCACAGGCUCAUCCUCAGGCACCUUGGACUGGAGGGCCAGUGAAAGGUCAGUGACUUCCUAUUAAAACGGUUGUUUCAGAUCAUAUUGAUCUCUUUCCUUUUUCCUUUUGUCCUUUCACUGUAUGACUUGAAUCAGUUUUGAUUCUAUUUGUAAGUUUCUCGCAUUGUUAGGAACCUGCCGUUCAGUUGCAUUUUCUUGGGCAGUGUGUAGGGAUUCAGUGUUCUGGUUUUUCAACCCUCCUGCAGGCACUGUGGGGUUACGAGGGCCAGCGGAUGCAUUCCACUUACCUUGCUGCAUGAUGGUAGCCGAUCUGUUAUGGCAUCCACUCCCUGAUUAAUUUCUGUGUUUGGAAUAUGUGCAUAUGUGCUUUAGAGAAUAAAACAUCAGGAUUUA